AUGGGCACCCGGGCUUUUUCCCAUGACAGUAUCUUUAUCCCUGAUGGGGGAGCAGAAAGUGAGCAGACAGUUCAAGCAAUGUCACAGGACAACAUCCUGGGCAAAGUCAAAACUCUUCAGCGACAGUUGGGCAAGAAUAUCAAGUUUGGGCAGCGGCCAUCCAAUGCCAUUCCUAUGAAGAAGGCUGGCAGUGGAGAAGCUGGCUCAGAAGAGGACUUGUUUCUGACCAGUCCCAUGGAAAUCGUCACUCAGCAGGACGCUGUCCUCUCAGAUUCGGAGAACAAAUCCAGCGAUCCACCCGGCUCUCCGAGUCCUCUGAACCUCCCCGGUGCCGGAAGUGAAAUGGAAGACAAGGUUGCUCCAGUUAAACCUUCUCGUCCAAAAAGGCAUUUCUCUUCUGCGGGUACCAUUGAGAGUGUCAACCUCGACGCCAUCCCCCUGGCCAUCGCUCGUCUGGACAACAGUGCCGCCAAGCACAAACUGGCUGUUAAGCCAAAAAACCAGAGGGUGUCAAGGAAGCACAGACGGCUUGCCCAGGACCGACAAAAUGACACAGGCAUCUUGGAGAGUCAGUCGUCACUGGACCAGAACGGGCACCAAGGAGAAGACAAGCCCAUCUGUCAUGAAGAGGAGCCAGAGCCCCUGGACUCGGAGGAAGAGAAGAGAUGCCAAGAAGACUACUGGCGAGAGCUUGAGGCCAAGUGCAGACGGCAAAAGGCUGAAGCCGCGGAGAAGAGACGCCUAGAAGAGCAGAGGCUGCAGGCACUGGAGAGAAGGCUGUGGGAAGAGAACCAAAGGCAGGAGCUCCUGCAAGAGGAGGCUGAGGAGGAAGGCCUGCAGGAGGGCCUGAAGCUGGAGUCAGAAAGGGGACAGCAGCGGGGCCUGGAGGAACAGAGCUGCCAAGAGCAAGAGCAGAGGGAGCAGGAGGCUCAAGAGCACUUGGAGGCUGCAGAGCAGAGGUGUCUAUGGGAGGAGGCCCAGCAGCUGGAGGGGCUGAGGUGGCAGGAGGCAGAGAGACAGCGGCAGGAAGAAGAAAUGAAGGAGACCCAAAGGCUUGAGGCCCUGAAGGCUCAGCAACAGGAGGCUGAGAAGCGGAGGCUGGAGGAGGAGGCCAGGAGGCUGAAGGAAGAGGAGACCCGAAAGCUGAAGGAGGAGGAGGCCAGGAGGCUUGAGGAGGAGGCCAGGAGGCUGGAGAAGGCCAAGAGGUUGGAGGAGGAGAAAGCCAGAAGGCUGGAGGAAGAGAAGGCCAAGAGGCUAGAGGAAGAGAAGGCCAGGAGGCUGGAGGAAGAGAAAGCUAGAAGGCUGGAGGAAGAAAAAGCCAGGAGGCUGGCAGCGGCCCGAACGCCACCCGUGCAGAAGCCGGCCCUGGCCCCCAAGCCCACCGGCCAGACCCCGCCCUCGUCCCCGCUCUCCAAACUCAGCAGGCCCUACUUGGUAGAGCUGCUGGCGCGGCGAGCUGGGAAGGCGGACAGCGAGCCGCCCAAGGAGGCCCCGGAGAGCGGCGAGCCCCAGCCCCCCUCGCCGCCCCCCUGCGAGGACAGCAAGGGACAGAAGGGGGAUGAGGAAGAGGGGCCAGAGAGGAGACCCCCUUCCUCCCCGCCGCUGCCCGCCAGUCAGCAGGAGAGACCGGCCCAAACCCCGGAGGCAGGGAGGAAAGACAAGCCCUUACUUCAGAGUAGGCACUCGUUAGAUGGCUCCAGACUUACGGAUAAAGCAGAAACUGCCCAGCCACUGUGGAUAACAUUAGCACUGCAAAAGCAAAAGGGGUUCCGUGAACAGCAAGCGACUCGAGAGGAGAGGAAGCAAGCCAGAGAGGCCAAACAGGUAGAAAAGCUGUCCAAAGAAAAUGUGAGUGUCAGCUCACAGCCUGGAAGCAGCAGUGUCAGCAGAGCAGGUUCCCUGCACAAGUCUACUGCUCAGCCAGAAGAGAAGAAGCCCGAGACUGCAGUGUCCAGGCUCCAGCGCAGAGAGCAGCUGAAGAAAGCCAACACUCUUCCCACGUCAGUGACAGUGGAGAUCUCAGAUUCAGCUCCACCAGCACCACUGGUAAAAGAAGUCACCAAGAGGUUCUCCACCCCAGAUGCUGCCCCUGUAUCCACAGAACCAGCCUGGCUGGCUUUGGCCAAAAGAAAAGCAAAGGCUUGGAGCGACUGUCCACAGAUUAUUAAGUAA